AUGUUCGCUCCAGGCCGAGGGUUAGCCUUGAGGCAGGCCUUAGGGUCCUCGCCAUCCGUUUCAUUACCCACUUUCCUCGUUCCCGCCUUCCAGACGACGUCGCGACGACAAUUCUCUGCAUCGACGAAUCGGUCGUCGAAGCUCGGCCGGACGCCUCUCUCGAUCCCUCCCGGCGUCGAAAUCGUCAUUGGCGAGCCCAGAGUGAAGCGAGAUGCGACAUCAUACUUGAAGAUUCCCAAGCGGACGGUAUCCGUGUCAGGACCUUUGGGAAAGCUUGAUCUCGAGAUCCCCCCCUUCCUCAAGAUUGAUCACGACACGGAGGCGAGAAAGGCCACCCUCACAAUCGAGGACGACACGGCACAACUUGGGCGUACCUCAACCGCUACAUCAUUGGCGUCUCGGAGGGCCAUACGGCGGUCCUCCGUCUCGUGGGCGUGGGCUACCGUGCGUCGGUCGAGCAGCGCGGCGGCAAGGCGACGUUCCCCGGCCAGCUGUUCCUCUGCCUCAAGCUCGGCGUUCACGCACCCCAUCGAGGAGCCGAUCCCCAAGGGUGUCACGGUCACGACGCCGACGCCGACGCGCAUCUUGAUCGAGGGCAUCGACCGCGAGGAGAUUAUGAGCUUCGCGGGCCGCGUGCGCAAGUACCGCCCGCCGGAGCCCUACAAGGGCAAGGGCGUAUUCGUCAACGACCAGACGAUCAAGCUCAAGCAGAAGAAGAUCAAAUAG